UCUAGAUUAUUCUAGAUUACACGUGGACGAAGGAAGCAAGAUCAUGGCUUUGCCGGCCUCGAUCUCCCACCUGGCUCACUUGGGACAGAAGCUAUGGCUGCAGGACACAGGGAAAAGCUUCUUGUGCGACGGCUGCCGUGAGCCCGGCGGGGGCGAGAGGUACAGGUGCCAUCCAUGCGACUUCGACCUCCACAAGCAUUGCGCCUUGGACAAGAGCAUGGCUUUGCCAGCCUCGAUCUCUCACCCCGCCCACUUGGGACACAGGCUGUCGCUGGAGGCGACCGAGUACUGGGAGUUCGUGUGCAACGGCUGCCGUGAGAGUGGUGCGGGGGAGAGGUACAGGUGCCGGGUCUGCAGGUUCGACCUCCACACGCAGUGCGCCUUGGAAGAAGGAACCAAGAUCAUGGCUUUCCCACGCUCCAUCUCGCACCCAGACCAUUGGGGGCACAAGCUGUCGCUGGAGGCGACUGACUACUGGAAGUUCGUGUGCAACGGCUGCCGUAAGAGCGGGUUGGGCGAGAGGUACAGGUGCCGGGCCUGCAAAUUUGACCUCCACAAGCAGUGCGCCUGGGGCCAAGGGACCAACAUCAUGGCCUCCUCAGGCUUGAUCUCCCACUCGGCCCACUGGGAACACAUGCUGACGCUGUGCGCCCCUGGCCUCUCCAACUUCGUGUGCAACGGCUGCCGUGAGCCCGGCACGGAGGAAAGGUACAGGUGCCAUGCAUGCGACUUUGACCUCCACAAGCAAUGCGCCUUGGACCAAGGAACCAAGCUUGUGCACCCGCUGCUUAAGAACGUCGAGUUGGAGCUCCGGUUCCAGGGCCCCAAGGACGGCGCCAGGCUGGUGUGCGACGCCUGUGGCAACGCCGUGCUGGGAUUCCACUACCACAGCAGCAAGCUGUGCCUCCGGCUCCAUCCAUGCUGCGCAAAUCCACUGUAUGACAAGAAGAAGGAGGAUGAUGGUCGCGGGAGAGAUCAGCCGUCCAGGAGUAAAUUCCAGCGCACAUUGUCUGUCAGCGGGCAUAUCAGUGACGCGAUAGAUACUGGAGAAGCGAUAGCUGAUCUCUUCAACUCAAUUAAUCUAGACGAUGGCGGUUCCGUAGAGGAACCCGACUUCGACUUUGACUUUUAA